GCUUGGCUCUAAAGGUCUCGCUCUGAGUCACCACCAGGCAGCGUGAAGAGCUCCAGAUCAGGGCAACCGCUGAGGAUCUGCACAAGCGUCACUGGAUUAGCGCACAAGGUGUUGCUACCUCCCGCACCAUCUGGAAGACAUAGCCAGAAAAGGCACGCUCUCUACCCACCCUCUUCACGCGCAACUUUGCUCUACACACUGCCUGGUCACACGAUGAAUUCCCAUGCAGACACCAGCUCUCUUUUCUCUUCCUCUUUCUUCAAAUCAGUCUGGGCCAAUCAGAUUUCGCAUCCUUACUUCUAUGAUAAAGGACCCAGCAGCACAGAUGGGAAACAUGGCCCUUUUUAGCAUUUCUGAAGACACACUAGUUGGAACUGAAGUUUAUACUCUAAAUGGUACAGACCCUGAGGCUGACAGUGUCACAUAUGGCCUGACCUUUGACCAAGGCUCUAAAGAGUACUUCAGGGUCAACCCCAAAUCCGGCCAGGUGACUCUGAUUGAAGCACUUGACAGAGAGGUUGAAAAUGACAUAGCUGUGCUUGUUAGCAUUACUGAUGGAAGGAAUAAGGUGGUUGAAAAAGUGCAGGUGCUUGUCUCAGAUGCCAAUGACGAGAAGCCUGAGUUUCUCAACCUGCCCCUCAUUGUCAGCAUACCUGAAGAUACUGAAGCAAGAAGCAGCAUCUUUAAAGUUGAGGCUGUGGAUAAGGACUUGGGUGCUGGAGGGAGUGUCACAUAUUUCUUACAGACUGCUCCUAAUACCAAGUUCACCAUAGAUGGCCAUAGUGGCAUUCUUCGCAUCAAACCUGGUGAAUCACUUGAUUACGAAACCUCUAAAACGCAUUUUGUCACUGUUGUUGCCAAGGAUGGUGGCGGUAGAUAUAAUGGCAAACUUCAAGUGAUGACCUCAUCGGCCACCAUAACUAUCAAUGUCCUGGAUGCACAGGACUCUCCUCCUAUCUUCAUGGGAACACCAUAUUUUGGAUAUGUUUAUGAAGUCUCAGUCCCUGGAGCAGAGAUAUUUACUGUGUUUGCCAAAGAUGGGGAUCAAGGUGACCCUAACCCUAUCCAUUAUUCUAUUGUGAAUGGAAGUGAUGGCUCCUUCAGUAUCAACAGCUCGACUGGUUGCAUCACUCUGACAUCAUACCCUGUCCAACUGAGAAAUGAAUUAUAUGAACUUAAAGUCAAGGCCUCAGAAGUGGGUCCAGAUGACCAGCUGUUCGACUAUGCCAUAACCAUGGUGACCAUCCGAUUGGUGGACCUUAACAAUCAUCCACCUACCUUUUAUGGUGAGAAUGGCCUGCAGAACUUGUUUGAGCUCACCAUGAAUGAGCACCCACCUGAAGGGGAGAUACUCAGAGGACUGAAGAUCACAGUCAAUGAUUCUGACCAGGGGGCAAAUGCAAAGUUUAGACUGCGUCUGAUAGGACCGGGUCGAGUUCUCCGCGUGGUCCCUCAAACCGUUCUUAAUGAAGCUCAAGUUACCAUUAUUGUCGAGAAUUCAACUGCCAUGGACUAUGAAAAAUACUCUUUUUUAGCAUUUAAGUUGUUAGCAGUCGAAAUUGAUACACCAGAACACUUCAGUGCCACAGCGGACAUUGUAAUCCAUCUUCUGGACACAAAUGACAACACUCCUCAUUUUUCCUCUGAGUUUUAUAUGGCCCGGAUCCCUGAGAACUCACCUGGAGGCUCCACUGUUGUGUCUGUUACUGCCAAAGAUCCAGACUCAGGGCUGUGGGGAGAACUGAAAUACUCCAUCUAUGGCUCAGGGGCUAACCUGUUUAUUAUACACCCAACGUCAGGGAUCAUCUAUACACAGCAAUGGGCCUCUUUGGAUGCUGAAUUGAAUUCAAAGUAUAAUUUCUAUGUGAAGGCUGAAGACACUGAGGGUAAAUACAGCAUGGCAGAAGUCUUUGUCACUGUGCUGGAUAUAAAUGACCAUCCUCCAGAAUUCAAUGAAAACCUCCUAGAAAAGAUCAUGAUCAUCGGUGCGCCUGUGAAAAUAGAGGCAGUGGAUGGUGAUGCAGAAGAACCCAACAAUGUCAUUGAGUACUCCAUCAUGAAAGCAGACCCUGCAAACGUUUUUGACAUCAACAGUAGCACAGGCGAGAUCAAGCUAAAACCAUUUAUCAAGUCUAUGGAGAUUGUGCAGAACAUCACUAGGAAGAAAGACUGCAAAUGGUCUGUUGUGGUACAAGCGCAAGAUCAAGGCUCCCCAUCUUUCAUCACCACUGCUGUGGUGAAGAUCGACCUCACCGAGGCGAAUCAACUCACUGGCCCCAUGACAAACUUUUUAUUGCAGAGUAGAGACAAUCCAUUGAAAGCUCUGGGCAUAGUGACUGCGGUCAUAAGUGUGAUGGUAGUGGUCACAGUCAUGAUCUCCACAGUGAUGUACAUGCGCAACACAAAAUCUAACAGGGUUUUGCCAGCCCGACGUGUCAUACGCCGUAAGCGCAGAGAGCAGCACAACCUCACUUUCAAACCAUUCGGACACUCUGAAAGCCCUGACAAGCUCUUGACGGUUGAUGUGGAGAGCAACACUUCCAAGUGCAACAUAAACAGAAAUGGCUCCAGCCUGAAGUCACCACCACCCAAAGCACCAGUCCUACUUCAGCUACCAGUGACCAAACCUAAGCUUAGUGAGCACCAGCAAGCUGUACCCACAGUCUCAGGCUCCCUUACCUCCAGGAGCCUCAGCAGCAGCUUCAGCCAGAGAACCCUCAGUAGCAUCCAUCCAGAAAGCAGGCGAGGUCUGAACAAAGCAGGCAACAUUAGUUCGGCGCUGGUGACCGAGCUGAAGAAGAAGCUGGAGCAGAAAAUCAUAGAGGCAAACCAGGGCUAUUACUACUGAGGCCAGUGGAUUAGGAAAGAUGCUAACUGCUGAAGCCCCUGGGUUAGCAUAGAGGUUAUUAGAGCUGCCAGGUUGGUCUUUUUGACUGAAGUACACACUGCAUUAAUGGAAUAGAUGUGCACUACUUCAGAGCUGCUGCAAGUUUUGUGCAAAAUGUCUGCUGGCUAAGGAAAAUGAAUGGUGCCAACUUAGGUUAUGCCUCCACUUUUUAUGAAUGAUGCAUGAUCAUAUAUUUAUAAUUACAUAACAAAAUAGAGUAGAGGAGGAAAAAAAUAACCAUAAAGUAAGUUAAAAUUUGCAUUCUAUGGGUACAGGUUUUCAGACUUACAUCAUGCCUAUAUCAAGAAAUGAAAGCCCAGUCAAAUGACCACUGUACAUUUUCAUAUGAGGAGGACACAUCUAGUGGCAGGCACAAAGAGAAUAGAAUUAUGAUGUGAAUUAAAAUAAGUGUUUUCUUGUGUGAUUAAUAUUUAAGGCACAGUCAGCUUACACUAUAGCACUUCAGAAGUUCUUUAGGCAACUUGAAAACAGCUCUCAUUCUUGAGUAGCUCUGUGCUGUAUUGCCCUCACUUGUGUUAAAUAAUGUAUAAAUGAUACAUUGAACAGAAAAAGCAUAAAGGAAAAAAAAUUAACAUUAAGGUCUAGCCAUUGAACAAAGCCAUUACAGCUAUAAUCCUGUUUAAAGUUGAGUGUUUUUAUUUUGUUUUGAUGCUGUAUUGACUAUGUAAAACAUUUUAUUAUUGAUUUUGAUCUGUAUGCCAAGCUUAAUCAUGUUAUUUACUGUUUAUUGAGUGGUAAAGCUGCCCAUAACUCCGUAAUGAUGGAGUUGCUACCUGAGCACUUAAUCAUUAACUUACAUUAACUGGACAUCAGCAGCAGAAGUAUGCAGGAAGGAUGUACAUUGAAAAACCUUUGCCCGUCCUUCAUAAUUCAUAAGCUCAUUUUUAAUCAACUGAAAGAACUGAAGAACCAACUUCUUUAACUUAACUAAAGUAUAGAUAUUCUGUCAAAAUAUGAUUCUUCUAAUUCAUACCUAGUUUGUUAAUGUAUCCCUUUUUUGUUUUGUGCUCUGUGUCAUCUUUGCUUUCAUUCACCUGCGUAUUUUACCAGUAUGAGCAAUCUUUGCGGUUGCACUUUUGCCUUGCAUUGCUUCAGAAAGACUGUCUGUGUAUAUCAUAUAAAUUAGGCAAUGUUUUGCACAAGCUUGAACUGUAUAUUUCACACGUUCAGUGUAGGAUUCUGUUUGACUUGGGUCCAGUUAAAAGAUGUCUAGUAAUAUUGUACUUACAAGACAAUUGAUUUUCAGAAUGGUAGAUGGGGAACUACUGUAAUUGGUGGAAUACAGAUUUCCCAACAUGGGUAUAUAAAUGAUCUGCUUCUUGUGAACACUUCUUGUAAUGAAGUAAAUUUUUGCAUGUUAAAUUUACAUGCCUCAUGUAACACUUAUCUUCAAAUGUUGUCCAGGUUUAAUAUGAUGUGCUGAAAUUGAAUGUUGAAUAUAUUUCACCUGUCUG